CGGGCAAGUGUAUUUUUCUGUCCCUAUCACCUCGCAAGGCUGGCCUCUACACGGGAAUAAUGCAAUGUCAUUGAAAAUGUUACCUCGUAUAUCGUAGCCUACGUUUAUUCAGAAUGCGCCUCGCCCGAGAUAUAAGCACAGAGAAUAGCACGCUAAUGCUGACUUCGUAUUGAAAUGAUUUGUAUCAGGUGGAUGUGAGCUGCGGUGGCUCAAGCGCAUCGGUAACGAAGCUGCAUGCUGUAAAACCGUUCAAUAAAAAGAAAACCAAGCUGUUUAUAUCGUGGUUGUUCCAGCAGUGACGACCCUCCGGACGUCGUAACCAUGAGCGGACAGGACGAAAGUUCGGUGCGGGUCGCGUUGAGGAUUCGUCCUCAGCUGGCGAGGGAGAAGAUCGAGGGAUGUCACAUCUGUACGUUCUGCAUGCCCGCCGAGCCCCAGGUGAUGCUGGGUAAAGACAAGGCGUUCACUUACGACUACGUGUUUGACAUGGACUCCCAGCAGGACAUCAUCUACACACACUGCACUGAGAAACUCAUCGAUGGAUGCUUCGAGGGGUACAACGCUACCAUCUUCGCCUAUGGACAGACUGGUUCGGGGAAGACCUACACCAUGGGCACAGGGUUUGACGUGAACAUCAGUGAGGAGGAGUUGGGCAUCAUUCCCCGGGCAGUCAAGCACCUCUUCAGGGGCAUUGAGGAACGACGGCACUCCGCCACAGAGCAGGGCAAGCCUGUACCCGAGUUCAAGAUCAACGCACAGUUCCUGGAGCUGUACAAUGAGGAAGUGUUGGAUCUGUUUGAAUCAAAGCGGGACGUGGAUGGGAAGAGACAGAAGUCCACCAUCAAGAUUCAUGAGGAUGCUAGCGGAGGCAUCUACACUGUGGGAGUCACCACGCGCACGGUCACCUCCGAGGCAGAGAUGAUGCAGUGUCUGAAGCUGGGUGCUCUGUCCCGUACUACAGCCAGCACCCAGAUGAACAUCCAGAGCUCGCGCUCCCAUGCCAUCUUCACCAUCCACCUGUGCCAAGUCAGAGUCUGCACUCCAGACGACAGCGAGUCCAAUGAGACAGACGGCCGCCUGGCCAACGGUUCCUCUGAGAUCAGCUCUGAGUUCGAGACGCUGACGGCUAAGUUUCACUUUGUGGACCUGGCUGGGUCGGAGAGACUAAAGAGGACAGGAGCUACUGGGGAUAGAGCCAAGGAAGGCAUCUCCAUCAACUGUGGACUGCUUGCUCUGGGUAACGUGAUCAGUGCUCUGGGGGACAGAAGUAAGAGGUCCACCCACGUGCCUUACAGGGACUCGAAACUCACCCGGCUACUGCAGGACUCUCUGGGAGGAAACAGUCAAACGGUGAUGAUAGCCUGUAUCAGCCCAUCUGACCGGGACUUCAUGGAGACACUGAGCUGUCUGAACUACGCUAACCGAGCCAGGAACAUUAAGAACAAGGUGAUGGUGAACCAGGACAAAGCCUCCCAGCAGAUAUCAGCUCUCAGGACUGAUAUUGCCAGGCUACAGAUGGAACUGAUGGAGUACAAGACGGGCAAGCGUAUGGUGGGGGAAGACGGCAUGGAGAGCAUCAACGACAUGGUCCAUGAGAACAGCAUGCUACAGACAGAGAACAGUAACCUGAGGAUCAGGGUCAAGGCCAUGCAGGAGACCAUUGACGCCCAGAGGGCCAGACUCACACAGUACCUCAGUGACCAGGCCAACCAGGUUCUGGCCAAAGUGGGUGAGGGGACUGAGGAAAUUGGAAAUAUGAUCCAGAACUAUAUCAAAGAAAUCGAGGAGCUCAGAGCCAAGCUCCUGGAGAGUGAGUCAGUGAAUGAGAACCUCCGUAAAACCCUGUCCCGUGCCAACACACGUUCCUCCCUGUACGCUGGUGGGGGCUCCUUCUCCCCAGCCCACUUCGCCCCCGAGAUAGUGGCUUCCGACAUCAUCGAGAUGGCCAAGAAAGAUCUGGAGAAACUCAAGAAGAAAGAGAGGAAGAAAAAGAAGAGACUGCAGCGGCUCGAGGAGAGUCACCAUGAGGUUAAGCUUCCCAGUGUGGUCAAGGAGGGGGUACCAGACAACGAACAGGAACGAGGCAACGACGAGGCUGAGGGGGAGGACCACGUCAGUGACCAUGAGGAAGGAGAGGAGCUGGAGGGAGAAGAGGAGGAGUAUGAGAUGGAGGGAGAGGAGAGCUCGGACGAGUCCGACUCUGAAGAACUGGAUGAGAAAGAGGACUUCCAGGCGGAUCUGGCCAACAUCACGUGUGAGAUCGCCAUCAAGCAGAAGCUGAUAGACGAGCUGGAGAACAGCCAGCGCCGUCUGCACACGCUCAAACAGCAGUACGAACAGAAACUCAUGAUGCUGCAGAGCAAGAUCAGAGACACACAGCUGGAGAGGGACAAGGUGCUGCACAACAUGGCUGAGUUAGUUGUGUCUGCAGGCUCAGUGGAGACGUGCACGGAGGAGAAGGCUAAGAAGAUCAAGUUAGAAUAUGAGAAGAAGCUGAGCUCUAUGAACAAGGAGAUGCAGAAGCUGCAGUCAGCCCAGAAGGAACACGCACGCCUCCUCAAGAACCAAUCACAGUACGAGAAGCAGCUCAAGAAACUCAACCAGGAUGUGGCUGAGAUGAAGAAAACAAAGGUGGGCCUGAUGCGCCAGAUGAAGGAGGUGCAGGAGAAAAACAGAGUGUCAGAGUGCCGACGCAACCGAGAGAUCGCUACUCUGAAGAAGGACCAGCGCAAACAUGAGCACCAACUGAGACAGCUGGAGGCUCAGAAGAGGCAGCAGGACCUGGUACUACGCAGGAAAAAUGAGGAGGUGACAGCUCUGAGGAGACAGGUGAGGCCCACUUCAGGGAAGGUGAACAGAAAGGUGAGCCUACCGGAGCCCCUCCAGGACCCUUCACACCGUGGCAUCCCAGGCAGACCUCACUCUGCUGGGGCAGUAGCCCCCAAUGGAACCCCAAGGAAGUACCCGUUGAGGACGGGGAGUGUCUACACCACCAGGACAGCCCGGGCGAAAUGGCAGUCUCUGGAGAGACGCAUCACUGAUAUCAUCAUGCAGAGGCUGACCAUCUCAAACAUGGAGGCUGAUAUGAACCGCUUCCUCAAGCAACGUGAGGAUCUGACCAAGCGAAGGGAGAAGGUGUCUCGUAAGAGGGAGAAGAUCGCCACAGAGGGGACCGACACGGACCGAAGCAUCCAGUCUUUGAACGAAGAAAUGGAUGCCCUGGCGGCCAACAUCGACUACAUCAACGACAGCAUCGCUGACUGUCAGGCUAACAUCGUGCAGAUGGAGGAAGCGAAGGAGGAGGGAGACACAGUGGACAUUACCGCGGUGAUCAGCUCCUGUAACCUAUCAGAAGCCCGCUUCCUGCUUGAUCACUUCCUGCACAUGGCCAUCAACAAGGGUCUGCAGGCGGCCCAGAAGGAUUCCCAGGUGAAGAUGAUGGAGGGCAGGCUGAAGCAGACAGAGAUCAACAGCGCCACUCAGAACCAGCUACUGUUCCACAUGCUGAAGGAGAAAGCUGAACUCAACCCUGAGCUGGACGCUCUGCUGGGCAACGCAAUGCAAGAGAUAGGUUACCUACUGGUGGGAGAGAAUGGAGAUGACAGCAGUAGUGAUGAGUCCUCUACCACCAGCCCAGCCACAGAGGGAAGUUUAUUGGCCUCUGACCUCCUGAAACUGUGUGGAGAGGCCAAACCUAGGAAGGCACGCAGAAGGACAACCACCCAGAUGGAGCUGCUGUAUGCUGGUAGUGGUGAAUUUGACUCCCCUACGGGGGACUUUUCUGCCUCCCUGCUACCUAUGGCAGAGGCCCAGGAAGGGACAGGGGACAUGGGGCCAGUAGCAGGAUAUCUCGGGGACAGGGAACAGGGAACUCACUGUAACUCACUUUCUGGAGUCUGGUCUUCGAUGGGAGCUGAGAGUAGAUCACUGGAACGCUCACCUCGAACACCCAGGAGGAUGCUAGAGAAGGGAGGACAACCUCCCUUAGACGUCAAGGAACACACACCUAUGGACCCCAAAGGACACCCGGCAUAUCAAGGACAAAGAGGGGUGAUCAACCCUGUGUCAUCCCCUAAGAGCAGCCAUGCUGCCAGACUAAAGUGUGUCUAUGUGGCUGAGGGACACACCAAACCUGUCAUGUGUGUCGACUGCACUGAUGACCUGCUCUUCACUGGCUCUAAAGAUCGUACGUGUAAGGUGUGGAACCUGGUGACUGGUCAAGAGAUCAUGUCUCUGGGAGAUCAUCCCAGCAGUGUGGUGUCUGUUAGAUACUGUUCCAGCCUGGUCUUCACUGUCUCCACCGCUUACAUCAAGGUCUGGGACAUCCGAGACUCCGCCAAGUGCAUACGCACACUCACGUCGUCGGGCCAGGUGAGUUCAGGGGACAGCUGUGUGUCUCUCAGGUCCCUAUCCAUCCCUCCAGGAGAGAACCAGAUCAACCAGAUUUCUCUGAACCCUACGGGAUCCUACCUCUACUCCGCCUCCGGCAACUUAGUCCGCAUGUGGGACCUCAGGAAGUUUGUGUCUACUGGGAAGCUGACGGGUCACCUGGGUCCGGUCUUGUGUCUGACCGUUGACCAGAUGGGCAACGGUCAAGACGUGGUCCUAACGGGGUCCAAGGACCACACCCUGAAGAUGUUUGAGGUGACGGAGGGUGUCCAGGGCAGCAUUGUGUCCUGUCACAACUUUGAGCCACCACACCAGGAGUGUAUCGUCUCUCUGGCUGUUCAGGGGAACAGCCUCUACAGCAGCUCCAGAGACUACUGCAUCAAGAAGUGGGACCUGUCCCGGAAACGACUAGUACAGCAGGCGGCGAGCGCCCACUCUGACUGGGUAAGUGCGCUGGGUGUUGUGCCAGGGUGCCCGGUAAUGCUGAGUGCAGACAGGGGAGGUCUGCUGAAGCUGUGGCACGCUGAUACCCUGGCACCGCUAGGAGACCUGAGGGGACAUGACAGCCCUGUUAACGGAUUGGCUACCAACAGCAGCCAACUAUUCACUGCCUCAGAUGACCGGACAGUGAAGAUUUGGCAAGCAAAGGGUUCUUUGGAGGAAGGCAUCCAUUGACACUGAGAAGGAGACCUCUGGACUGUGACCGGACACAACUCUGGGGACCUACUAGAUUACUCUGGAUCUACUACAGCCUAUGGAUCUAUUGCUGCCUGCUGGAUCUACUACUCGAUCUAUUUGCUUGCUGCUCUGCACAAUGAUCCGUGGAUGAAGGACCUCCGAAGAUGGUCGCAGGGUAGAUGACCAGCCCUGACACACAUAUGACCCCUUGAGUUCACCAACACAAGACGUUCACCCGACGAGGUUGAAGGAGAGUAACACAACAGUCAUGUUAUUCACCUGAAGGACAGUGAAACUCCAGUGUAAUGCCCAUGGUUCUGUCUCAUGCUGUGUCCUCUCUAUACAUAUCGUAGAGGAAUCAUCCACUACAGUGCGUGGAAUCAUCUCUCUGUGUUAGGCGGGGGGGAUGUCUUCUAAAUAAAGGCCCUAUGGAGGUUGGUCUUACUUCAGCUGUUACUGCCAAACCCUAUGGGACACACAUAUAGCCUUAGUGGGGAAUAGGGAUAUCUCAGUAGGAAUAGCACAGUGAACUAGUGGUGUGGGACGGUGUAGCUGAUCUCUGCCACAGAAACAAAGCUCAAUGAGGGUGUGUCGUCAUCAUACUACAAAAUGUGCUUGUGGAUUUUCAUCUCAACCAAAUUCAAGUGUUGCUUUUAAUGUCGUUACCUGCAGAUUGUGUGUGACCAAAGUACAAACCUUCUCUGUGUUAGUCAACGGGCUGUGAUGAGAGUAUCUUUAGCCAACGUUGUACUUGCCUGUGUACAGUACCUCUAUAGUGGUCUUACUCUCUUUGUAUCGUGCAAGUACAUUCAAACCUCAAACUACAAAAAGUGGUUUGAUCUGUCAUUUUCUGUCAAAGUGUUUGUAUUUACGUGUGUUGUCAUGGUGACUUUGAAACCUCCAAAGUUCUGAGCUUCCAUUUCAUGUUUGUAUCCAAUGGCUUGCGUCAAUCAUUUCAGAGCCCAGGUAAAGUGAGGUUACCUGUGCACAGGCGUAUGCCCCAUCUUAAAUCAACUCAAAAGUUUAUUGGUCGCGUGCACAGAUUUGCAGAUGUUAUCGCAGGCGCAGCGAAAUGCUUGUGUUUCUAGCUCCAACAGUGCAGUAUUACUUAGGAAUAAAACAUUUCUGAGUGAGCUUUCCUGUGCCCACGUAUUCCAUUCCCUCAAUCUUGAUUCAGGAAUGGGCUGAACAGAAUGGAACAAAACAUAGAGGUGUGUGUUAUUAUCAGUGCCUGUCAAUCGUAUACUGUAGAUAGAGUAGUACAGUAUCACAACCUAAUCUGUGUGGACUAGCCCAGGAUCCCUAGAUUGGGAUGACAUAGGUUUUAUGACCACAUCUUUAUGUAAAUACGAAUCCGUUUUUCUUCGUCCUGGACAUAUUGUGCGCAAAGUCCGACUUUUUAGUGAUUCUAAUUUCAUAUGCAGUGUGGAAAUAAAUGUCAUCUGUCAAAAAUAA